CGUUGCGAAGUGUUUCCUUUUCUUCUUAUUUUGCUCUUUUCAUUUCGAGCUCCCCGAGUCCGCGAGCAAGCCUUUGGAAGCUCCGGGAAGAGAGAACCGCCUCCGCACCGAUGGAAUCUCUCGCUCGCUGUUAGCCGCCGCCGCCGCAGUUCCGGAGGCCGAGGAUCGGAGCGGAUCGUUCGACGCCGCGCACCUCCGACCGCGCAGGGCAGGGCAAGGCAGGGCCGUCGCGACGAGGAUGGCGGCGGCGGCGGCGGCGGCGACCAGACGCCACGGCUGGCAGCGUCCUCUCCAUCCGCUGCAGAUAGUUGGGAUGGCGGUGUUCAGUUUCCUGGUUGUGGACUUCUACGUCUUCCUGGGACUGUUGCUUGGGAGCAGAGCUGCUGAAAUCACCGUGACAACAAUAUUCUCGUUUGUGGUUUUCUCGGCGAUGUUUCUGUUCAUCUGGUGUACUGCGAUUGAUCCGACAGAUAAAACCGGUUAUAGAAAGAAGAAAAGAGGCAAAUCUAAGGGCUUGCUUAAGCUAAAUUAUGGUUUUGUUUUGGCUCAGAUCGUUACUAGAUUUUUUAGGAGGUUGGAGAGGAAGAUUCUGCGGAAAAUCAUUAGAAGAAAGUACCUGGACCCGAUGAACACUAGCGCGCACUUAGAGCCCCUGCUUCCAUUUCCCCUGGUGAUGAAGGAUGAUGCCAUUGCACCAGAUCUUAAAGCAGAUGACAUUACUUUCUGUAGCCUUUGUAACCUUGAGGUAAAGAAGCACAGCAAGCACUGCAGGAGUUGCAACAGGUGUGUAGAAGGGUUUGAUCAUCAUUGCAGGUGGUUGAACAAUUGCAUCGGGAAAAAGAACUACACGGUUUUCAUUCUUCUCAUGGCUUCUGUCUUAUUGAUGUUAAUUUUAGAAGGAGGAACUGCUGUUGCGAUAUUCGUCAGAUGCUUUGUGGAUAAGGAAGGAAUAGAACAUGAGUUGAGGAGGAGGCUCUACAUAAAGUUUCCUAGGGAAGUUCUUGCCACAAUUUCUGUUUUGUUGGUUUUACUAACAGCUUAUAGCUCAGCAGCGCUAGGACAACUUUUCUUCUUUCACAUGGUGCUCAUCCGGAAGGGAAUGAGAACUUAUGAUUACAUACUGGCUAUGAGAGAGAACCAAACUGUAGGAUUUGAUGUAUUCGAUGAUUCGGAUUCGGAUGACAGUACUGACUACGAUUCACCUGAAAAGUCAACUUUCAUGUCUCGGUUUGUUUGCAGCGGACACAGAGGAGAUCAGAAUCACACGAGAUUGUCGAUAAGGAUUGAUGAAGAUCCCAGAUCUUCUCCUUUAACCAAGAAACAAGGAUUCAAUGUAAGUAUUAACCCAUGGAAGCUGAUAAAAUUAAGCACAGACAAAGCUCUUUUAGCAGCAGAAAAGGCCAGAGAGAGGCUCUUGAGACAGAAGGCAACAGUGGAAAGCGAAUUACAUCCAUUGCCACUCGAGAAAAAACGUGGGCCUCUAAUCAACACAGACAAGAACAUGGCAACUGUCCUCACAGGCUUAACGCCCCUCGUUGCCAAAGGCGUGCUUCCAGGAUCACCCAGGAGGUUUUCAAGUCCGAGAAGACGAUUCUCUGGCUCUCCCACCAUGGUCUCAGGUGUCAUGGCAUCGCCAAAGCAAAAGUAUAGAAGCAAUUUUGACCUAAAGUUGACAGAGGUCUCGAAAGAGCUCGAAACCUAUAUAUCGAGGCAGGUUUUAAGUCCUGUCAUACGAAAGGACGGGAGCGAAGCAUCUCCGGGGCAUAUUUAGCGCUAGAAAAUUCGAAUUCUCGGUCUCAGAGAUAAUUCUUUGAUUGAUCUCUCUCUGCCUUUCUAAUGUGUAUUUCAGAACUAAGAGUUUUCCUCCUACCUUCUUUGUACCCUUUUUUGUUUCGCCAUCCUGUAGUCAACGGCUUUCAACUACGAUUCGACAAUGUCGACUCAUGCUCCGUCA